AUGUCGUUCUACGAGCCACAAGGAUGGCAGGCGCCCGUCCGGCAAGCUUCCUGGGAGCAACCUCCGCCGCCAUCGAGGUCGGCUGCAAGUUCUGCAUCACAACACGAGGAUAGCAAUGCCUUUGCCACCCAGUUUGAAGAGGUAGACCGAGCUAUGGAUAAUCUUGUCAAGAGUGGGAAAUUCUACGCUGGCAUGGCUCGACCUAGCCCCGCUGGAUCCAACGCACGCUAUGGUGGUGAGUUUGGAAGUCACCGCGGCCACGGUAAUCGUCCUUCCGUGGGCGACUUCGACCCUUCUCGUCCUCACCCCGGCGCCAACCUCCAGAAUUAUUACGCUUCCCAAAGACACCAGGGUCGCCAUAACGAUGGCGAUCAAAUGAUGCAGGCGAAAAGACGGAUGGCCGCGCAAAGAGAAAGGGAACUUCGCAACUACCACCAAGAGCAGCAGUACAAUAGAAGCGUAUUGGCAGAGAUGUCAUCCAAUAAAUCUGAUCGCUCAAUGAGUCCGAGUACUUUGAGCGAGGAAGGCCGACGCGAACUAAUUGCACGCCAACAUCGUGCACUUUAUGGUGGCGAAGGCUCAAGUUUCGUGGGACAAGUCCCGUUUGGUGAGAACCAGGGUGGUCCGAGCUCCGAUACUACCCCUGGAGCGGUGCGUGGACAGUCGCCAAGAGGGGCCGAUCCUUUCGGUAUGGGAGGGCAAGGCACUCAAGGUGACGGUGUUUCUCAACCCACUGAUAUGUCGCGCGGCGAUAAAGCAGCCUCCCCAGUCGGUCAGCCGUCCGCUGGUUUUGGAGGACUGGAUGCGGCGAUUUCAUCAUCAGGCAAAGUACCCACGCCGCCUUCGGGAGAAGAAAGCUCUCACUCUCGGACCAUUUCCAAAUCUACCACUGCACCCGUUACAGGAGGAGGGAUGGGUCCCAUCGGGAGCCGGCCAGGUGGUCAACAAGGACCGAAUCAACCUCUCAACAAGCGCACGACAUCCCCUCUCCCCUCUUCUCUCGGCUAUGGAUUCUCGCCCAACGAACAGAACGCCGAUCGAUCAGCAUCAGCCAGCUCGAACGCCAACAAUCAGAAGGAAUCCGGCAACUCCGGCAUGGGAGCCUGGGGCACAGGAAGUGGUGUCUGGGGCUCCAACAAGAUCGGAACCACGUCCGUCUGGGGUUAA